UGAAAAACACCCAACAUAAAAUAGAGGAGUCUAUCAGGACAAAUUUCCACUGCCACAUUCCAACUGUGAUUAUACACAUAUACACAAAUAAGAAUCAAUGCAAAUUAUAUUACAGAACAAAACUGUCAGAUGCAGAACUGUUGUAUGCUUCAGAAUGUAAAUAGGAAUAUAUAUAACGCGCGAUUUAAGUUUCACGCGGUCGAUGUGCCGAGAGAUUUGUGAUUAUGGUCGAUUUGAACGAAUAUAGAGACAGUGUACAACGAAUCAGACAAUACGCGGCUGCCUGUAAUGUUUCGGAGGUGGAAACAUCAAAAAUAUUUCAAGCUUGCUUCGAACAAUUGGAAGCGAAGUAUUCGAAAAAAACGAAUAGGCCAUCGAGGCCUCUGCGAAUCAUUUUAUUGCUUGUUUUAAUAAUCUUAAUCGUACUGUUAUGUUUACGCAACCAAAACUGGUUGAACAUUGUAUUUAUAAGAAUCUCACAAAAUUCUAUUUAUCCUGCUUUAUAUGUAUUACGCAAAGCAGCCAUACCCGUCCUCAACUUGUACCCAUCGUUAUCUGAAUUGUAUGAUGAAUGGUGCUUGAUAGAGAAUCCAUAUUUUUAUGUCGACGAUAUGGACUGCUGGCCAUGCACUGUAGUCCAUUCUGUAUUAGAUCUGACUGGUCAUAAUAUUAGCAGAUCCUUCAAUAUCGGUAUACCUUAUACUAGAGCAGAGAAUGAUACAAGAGUGAAGUUGAAAGAUUUAGCUGAUUUGUAUUGGAAUAACCAUGAUAUCUUUGAUAAAGAUGCUAAAAGAAUCUCUUCUAACAAUGAGACUUUCAAAACUAUUCGUGAUGUAAUGGAUAAUGGUUUGGACAAAUUUUAUACAAUUUCCCCAAGUACUCACAUAUCUUGGAGAGUAAAUCGUAUGAAGCCUAAUAGGAUAUUGCGAAAGCUAUUUCCAAAGCCAGCUGAGACUCCAAAUUGGUGGAGUCAAGGUAUCGAGAAAUAUAUCUUUAUUGAUGAAUCAGGAUCGCCACCUUAUCCAUUGCCUAAUCCUGAAUGCAGUAAUAUCGUUGUACGAUGCACGGCUGGCGCAAGACUGAUAAAAAUGAUGCCAAGUUCAGAGUGCAUUCAACAUUGCAGAUCUUUGACCAUUUUAUUAUCUGCAGGACAUACAUUAUGGUACAAUUGGUGGUAUUGGAGACCCGUGAGUCUACCAGUGUACAAUGCUACUGAUCUUUCUAUCAGUUAUCUAACUUCAUUUUGUUAGUAUCAUCGGUAAGAGAAACACCAUGGAUGCGUGCCAAAGUGAUGUAGCCAAUGAUAAAACCGCAUUUAAUAAAAUUUAUAUGUUAAGUUUAUCCAAAUAUAUCUUUUUUAUUUAAUCUCAAUGAGUAUAUUUUCGUGUAUAUACAAUUUUAUAUAGAUUUAGAUUUCAGAUACAGUGUUAUCUCUGUUACAAUAAUGCAUGAAAUAAAAAAUGUAAAAU